AUGCAGCCGCGUGUCUCUGGGUCGGCGGGCCCGCGGGCGGCGGAGGGGGAGGGUCGCUUGCGCAGCGUCGGUCGCGCGGCGGGAACUCGAGGCCCCAUUGGCCGCGCCCACCAGGAGCCGCCACCGCCACCGCCGCCCGCGGGGCCGCGGCCCGAGCCGCACGGACCAGUGGCUGUAGGACAAUUUCACCGAUCAUUCCGGCGAGAUAGUUUGUCUCCUUACUCCUAUGUAUCAACUUCAUCCCACAACCACAGUACUUUCCCUCUGAAAGGUUUAGAUCGGACCCCGAUUCCUCCUAGAACAUGGCAGAACUCCCUUGGAAUGCAUCCUGGACAAGUGGAGACGUCUCCCACUUUUUCAGAUAAAGGGGUUCCAUUUCCUGUACUGCAGAGGUUUCCAACAGAGGUUACCUAUACGCUGCAGCCUAGUGCCACAUCUGUACAUGUUCAACAAGGUCCUCAAACAAUGGUCAGCUCCUCCCAAAAAUACAGUAACUACACACCCUCAGCGCAGUACUCCCAAGCCUACUAUCCAACAGCUGUGCUCCAGUGCUGUUCUCCUUCUACCCACAUGGAUGCGCUAAGUAGUUGUGUCACGCCCACUGCCUCCUCCUAUGCACACUGCAACUACUUCCAGAAUCCUCCAAUGCAGUCCUCCUAUCCAGUUGAAUUUCUACCUUCUAAUUGGUCUUGCAGUGCUACUGAUGAAAAUAAAAAGACAGAAGUAAACCUAGAGGCUGUCUUUCAGAUAGUAGAUGAGUUACAUUCCUCCCCUAAAUUGGAGAUGGUAAAGGUGGAGCCUACUGAGAAUCAGUGCCCAACAUCUCAGUCUAACAGAGGCCAACACAUCUUAGCUAAUUCAAACAACAGCAAUUCAUCGUCCACAAGUCAGGCUAGCCAACUGGAGCCACUUACUCCUGUAGGCUCAGAUAUUACCUCUUUUGUGGUUGGAACAGAACAAGCAAUCACCUGCUCUCUACCACAGUCACCUGAGUACAUCUAUACCAUCCACACAGCUCAGCCUGUUGAAAAUAGCACAAUGCAGGAUUCUGCGGCCAUCCAGCAAGCUCAUGUCAAACUGAAGGAGCAGCUAAGUCAUAAUCCAUCUCCAUCUUCGGUAGUAUUUGUGCAGGAAGGGCUACCAUUCAGCACACAUCAGGUGGAUACCAGUAUAAAAUGCCAGACCAGUCCACUUGAGAAUAUCUUGCCUUCAGAACAAAUGGGAUUCCUCAUUUCAGAAAUGGGCCCUGCUAGCAAGCCUAGUAAAGACACAGGUUUAUCCACUCCAGCCAGAUACAGAGAGCGAAGAAGCAACUCUCAGCAAGGAAAGUCCCCUGAUCUUCAUCUGCUGGUGGACGUGGCCUGCAAGCAGGAGCAUUUUCCCAAGGAGGAAGAAUUAAAAGAGUGAGGAAUGGAUGACAAAAUGUGAUAUUGUGCACUAGCUGUAGCUGGAGGCAGACUAGCCUUGCACAUGACACACUGUUGGGAUUUUUUUCAGUUCUGUUAAGGAAAAAAAUUUUUUGUUUUGUUAAUUGAGAAUUUUGUUAAUUGGGAAUUUGGUAUUACUGCAGCAGUUCAGUUCAGACUAUUUACCUUGACAAACUUCUAAACAUCUAGCAGUGUGGUUUUUUUCUGCCCAGAUCCCUUUCAAAUUUAAAGUCCUGGCCUUCUGUUACAGUCAAGAAACAUCUGAAAACUGCUGUAUCUCUGCCACUAGAGAUACUCUGCUGAUCUGUUGUCUUGUCACUCUCGGCCUGUGAUCAGCACAAUACCAGACGGGUGUUCAGUCUAUCUGUUUCAAGUCACAGUGUGAUCCUUUUAGAGAAGAUGGAGUGAGAAACAAAGGCAUGUGAGGUCACCAGGAUCACAGGUCUGAAUGGGUCAGGAAUUCCAGGAAAGAAACCCUGCGAAAGAGCUAAUUUUCUAAGUGAUUAACCAGGAAAAGCUCUAACUUCCUAACCAGCAUUCUGUUUCAAGAGCAAGGCAUCUGGACUUGGACCAUCCAUCACACUGAAUAGCCCCUGAUUCUCUAUUAAUGGGAGCAUUCUUCUAUUUUCAUAUCU